AAAGUAACAAUAAUUUAGCUUUAAUGUUUACUCACCAUAACAGAAGCACUCUUAACUUCUGUUCUCUUCAGGUGUUGUCAGAAUCCCUGUCCCCAAGCCCUCCUCAGGAAAUUAGACUCAAGCUGAACAGUAGCUUUGGGGGCUGUCACCGUGGGAAAAGUCAGGCCAUGGAUGGUGGGGGAGAACCUUGCAGCCUGGAAUGAUAAAAUGGAUGCAGUUGUACAAGUGAGUUUGUUUAUCCUUGGAUGGGGGAAGGAAAUGCGGAAGAGUGAUGUAUCAGCAGUUGUUCCAAGUUAAAACGAAAGAGAAAGAUGACUGUCAAAGAAUUUAUGACUAUGAUAAUCAAGACGGCGGGCAAGACAGCUGGACAAGACCUGCAAGCAGAUCCUCUGGGCCCCCAGGGACUGUAGCCCACACCAUGGCAGAUCCUCAGCGCUCUUCAGCCCCCAGGUGCUGGACCGCCUGCACCAACUUCUUGUGCACCCAAAAGGGAAUUCUCCUGUCUGCUGAGAUUAUCUUGUGCCUGGUGAUUCUGACCCUCUUCAGUGCCUCCACGUCAGGAUAUUCCUCUCUGUCGGUGAUUGAAUUGAUCAUUGCUUCUGUCUUCGUUGUCAUGUACGUGUGUGACCUGCCUUCCAAGAUACAAUUCAUUCACUGGCCUUGGAGUGAUUUCUUCCGAUCCUUCACAGCAGCCAUCCUCUACCUGGUCACCUCUAUUGUUGUCCUUGUUGAGAGAGAAAAUCGUUCCAGAAUUGUUGCAGGGGCGCUGGGCCUAUUGGCUACGUGCUUCUUUGGCUAUGAUGCCUACGUCACCUUCCCCUUUUGACAAUAAAGACACACAGC